GCGGGGGGGCGGGACCUCCACGGGCUCGGUCUUCAAGGCUCGCGGAGAGCGAAUGUCGUCAUGAGCGAACAACAGGACAGUAUGGCCACCACUGUUGCUGUCAGUCCCAGUGAAUACCUUCAGCCCUCCAACGCCUCCACACAAGACGCUCAGCCCUCUCCUCUGGCCCUCCUAGCUGCCACCUGCAGUAAAAUCGGCCCCCCUGCUGCUCAGGCUCCCGUCGCUUCUCCUCCACCGCAGCCGCAGCCUCGUAGACUCCUCCCCAUAAAGCCGGCUCCGAUCGCCCCCGCUCCUCCCAAAAACCUGGGCUUCCUCUCACACAAGGGGAAUGUGAUCCAGCUCCCUGCCGGCCUGGGCUCCUCGGCCUCUGGCAGCCCCAUCGUGCUCACCAUCCAGCAGAGCCCGGCUCGCACCAGCGCCCCCGCUCCUGCCAACAUCCAGUACCAGAUGGUGCCUCAGAUCCAGGGAGCUCAGACGAUCCAGGUGAUGCCACAAGGCGGGCAAUUCCAGCUCAUCCCAGGCACCAACCAGGCCAUCAUCACCACACCCAUGACAGUCCCAGCCCCCGCCGCCGCCACCGCCCCCAUCACCCCCCAGAAGACUCUAGCCAUCAAACCCUCCCCGAAGCUGCGCAAGCAAAACAACUCUGCUGCCAACAUGGUGCAGCUGCCCGGAGGCCUCACGCUGCCGCUCAACGUGGCGACAGGCGAGGUGGGAGGGGCUCAGAUCAUCACAGAGACGGCAGCGGCCCCGCCCACUCCGGGAAAGGGGCGACGAGGAAGGAAGAAGAAAGUGAUUCUCACUGCUCAGCUCCCUCCUCCCCCUCCAGCACAGUCCCCGCCCCCUGAGCAGAUGGAGACCAUCCUGAUAGAAGCUGGAGACAACAUCAUACAGGCCGGUAACAACCUCCUCAUCGUGCAGAGUCCAGGGCAGCCGGCGAUGGUGCAGCAGGUCCAACUGGUCCAGUCCAAACCCGAGUCUCAGGUGGUUCAGAUCCCGCAGCAGGCCCUGAAGGUGGUGCAGGCUGCUUCUGCCACGUUGCCACAGGUCCCACAGAGACAGUCGGCCCCGACGAGUCUGCAGGUCACUCCGACAGACCCGUCACCCACUCAGUUCAUCUUCAAAACAGCAUCAGGCGAGUGGCAGACAGUUCAGCUUCAGGACUCCACGUCCACGGCAGUCACACCCACCACACCGGUCUCACCCAUCACCUCCAUCUCACCCCCGGCCGCCACCAAGAGGACGCUGGCGGGGGGGCGGAAGGAACGGACUCUGGCAAAGAUUGCUCCGGCGGGGGGGAUGAUAUCACUGAACGCCUCGCCGCUCACCUCUGCGACUCAGGCGGUGCAGACGAUCAGCAUCAACGGGGUCCAGGUUCAGGGGGUUCCUGUCACCAUCACAAACGCAGGGGGCCAGCAGCACCUCACGGUCCAGACGAUGCAGGGCGGAGGGCUCCAGCUGGCUACAACGCCGGGCCAGCAGGCCAUCCAGGUGGACCAGACCCUCACCCUUGAGCUGCCCAGCCAGCCAGGUGAGAAGAAGAGACGGAUGGCCUGCACCUGUCCCAACUGUAAAGACGCAGAUAAGAGGCCGGGCGAGGUCGGAAAGAGGAAGCACAUCUGCCACGUCCCCGGCUGUGAGAAGACGUUCAGGAAAACGUCGCUGCUCCGAGCUCACGUCCGGCUGCACACCGGCGAGAGGCCUUUCGUCUGCAACUGGGUGUUCUGUGGGAAACGUUUCACACGCAGCGACGAGCUGCAGCGGCACGCCAGGACGCACACAGGAGACAAGCGCUUCGAGUGCAGCCAGUGUCAGAAGCGCUUCAUGAGGAGCGACCACCUGACGAAGCAUUACAAGACUCACAUAAACACCAAGAACCUGUGAGCUACCUGUAAACAAACUCUCAGAAACUGAAGACUGUGUUAGAGGAAGGAGGGGCGGAGGAGACGAUACCAAGGGAGCGUCUGUGACUCACCCCAUUAUGGGAGAUAACCCCCCCACCCCCAACCCCCCUCCCUUAAAAAGUCCCUGUAUCCCCUCUCUCUCCUCUAGAACUCCAUGUAGCGUGAUGUACAAAGAAAUCCUCCCUGGUGGACUUCAAACUCAUCCAGCAAAGUGAUUAAUAAUAUUAUUUUCUCCUCUGGUCUGAGCGGAGGCCAAAAAAACCCGCUGACUGAACCGAGACGAGAUGGCCAGGCUUCAGACGCAUAUGCUUAACUCUGCUUUCUUAUUUAUGAACUUCUCUGAGGGAAGAGUGACACAGAUUCAUCCACCGAAAACCAGGACUCCAGUCAGUCAAAACAUUUCCUCUGUUCCAAAAAUGCUGCUUGGUUUUUUAUUUGUUGUGAACAGCGCUCCCAUGAUUUGGCUCCCAGGUACCAAAAAAAAAGAAAACAAUCUCUGGAUUUGAUUUAAAUCUGUUUCAUCUUAGAGGAAUUUUCCUUUAAGCUGUUGAAACUAAACUUGUACACCCCAAAACGUUUGGGAACGUCACUGAAAACUCUCCAAACACGACUUCUGAAACACUUCAGAAGUUUACAUUGGCUAUUUUUAAAGUGUGUGUAUGCAUACUAUUAUGCUAAUUAUAAUUAAUAAACUAUUUAUAACGUUUUCAUACAAUUGUUACAAGCUGAUUUACUAAGUAGAAAAUGUUGAACACACAAAUGAAAACAGACGAAAUGGGACUCAAAGUUGCAGUUAGAAAAUACGAAUUUCAUUUUUCCCCUUGCAUGUUUUCUUUGAGGGUACUAAUAAGACUCGUCUGAGUUCAAUCCAAGGGUUGAGACACAGUCGUUUAGCUGCCAAGACCUCAGGACCUGAAGUCACGGUGCCUUAAAAACCUUCAUUUGAGUUUUAAAAUCGAUUUCUGAACAUGCAGCCGCAAUUUAAGAGACAAAAGUACACCUUUCAAAGCACCAUCAAGUAAAAGAACUGGACAACAUUCAAGCCAUUUUAUAGAAAACACAGCCUCUUGCAAUUUGCAGCAGUUCUGACAUUAUGGGGGUUAUUUUCCACUACUAAGAACAUUCUUUGAGACCAUCCAGAGGCUUUGAAGGGGUUCAAUUCUCAACCAUAUGUUGUGAUACAUCAAACUCUUGCAGCGUCAGGAUUAAGCAUGCAUUUGAAAAACAAAAGAGGACCCAGAAUUGAACCUUGAGGAACACCAGAGCCUCCCAAAUUUUCAGACGAGGCUGUACUUUCAUUGGGUCAAAGUUAAGUGUUGCAAUGCAAAAACAUGAAUUUGGAAAAUAUAAGAGGACCCAGGAUUGAACCUUGUGGAACACCAGACCCCUAAAAUGUUCUAAAUAGGAAAGAACUUUUAUGGGAGACUGUUAUCAAAAACUACAAACAAGAUAGGACCCUGUUUGAUCUUUGUGUAACAUCAGAUCCUGACAAAUUUUCUAGAUGAGGAUGUGGUUUUGUGGCUCACCCUUUUUAAAAACUGCUUUUGGGUCAAAUUGAAGAAAAACACCACACUUUUAAAAACCCAGGAGGACCCAGUUCAGGUCCUUGUGGAACCCCAGACCCUCCCAAAUUUUGUAGACGAGGCCGUACUUUUUUAAUGUACCAUAAUCAAAACCUGCCUGGUUUAAGUGAAGCAUGAUGUGACAAUGCAAAAACUUCAUUUUGGCGAACAAUUGAGGACCCAGUUCUGAUCCUUGUGGAACCCCAGAUCCUCCCAAAAGGCUGUACUUUUGUACUGUACCAUAAUCGAAAACAGUUUAUGGGUCAAAAUGAGACUCAAAGUCACUAAAGAAGCAUGUUUAUGUGGAACAAUAGAGGACCAAGGAUUGGUCUUUGUGGAACACCAGACUCUCCCAAAUGUAUAACUUGAAAGCAUGAAUUCAGAGAACCGAAGAACAUCAAAGAUUACUCCUCGUCAAACACCAUACUGUCAGAAAUUGUUCAUUGAUCAACCUCACAGUUUUUGUAGAUGCGGCCGUACUUUUGUAAUGUCAGAAUUUGAAGGCAUGUUUCUGGAGAUCGAAAAGAGGACCAAGGGUUGAUCCUUGUGGAACUCCAGACCCUCUCAGAUUUUCUAAUUAAAGCAGUAUGUUUGUUAGGAACCAUCAUCGGAGGCUGUGAAUGGAUAAUGUGCAGGGUGUCGUAAAUGUAGAAUAAUAGAGGACCUAGAACAGAUCCCUGUGGAACACCACAUUUGACACUAUCCAAAUCUUCUCUUCAACUGAAGCGGAUAUUUUGUGGAGUACUAGCCACAAUAACUGGGACUAAGCCGAGCACUAACAGGGUACAAGGGAGAAGUUACAUCUUUAAUAUUUGGCAGAUUCGUUUUGACUCCUGAUUCAAAGUAGUCCAAACUGCUCAUGAGCACAGCAAAGGAAAACAAACGUUUGAUCACUUCCAUUAUUGAAGUUAAUGGAUAAUUCUUAUAUGGAGUAGAGGGCUGAUCAUAUAAACGUUAGGAGGCUGUGCAAACAAAACAGGAUGUUUGCUUUUCCUUUUAACAAAAUCAAUAUAUAACCUUAGAAAGAUAUUUAAUGUUCAAUCUGAUUAACUCAUUUUUAAUAAUAAGCCCUCAUUAAAUUGAUGCCAGUAAUUUUAUUUAACCAGGUUAUCCAACUUGGAUACCACAACAGGUACGCUAACCCCGAGUGCUGGGAGCAUAUGGUACGAAACAGCACUAAAACCUGAGCUCGGGUCAUUCUACUUUACGUAGAAUUCAGGCUUUGAUUCCAUCAGAAUUCCAUAUUUGAUCUCAGAAGUCUGAGACAGGAUUCCUAAUUCAGGUUUUGAUCUCAGAAUUCUGACUUUUGUUUCAGAAUUCUUUCUUUGGUCUCAGAAUUCUGAUAGCAAAAGUCAGAGUUCAGGCUUUGAUGUCAGAACUUUGACAAAAAAGUCAGAAUUCUUGCUUUGAUCUCAGAAUUCAGAGACAAAAGUCAGAAUUCAGGCUUUGAUCUCAAAAUCCUGAAACAAAAGUCAGAAUUCUUGCUUUGAUCUCAGAAUCCGGGAAAAAAAAGUCAGAAUUCAGGCUUUGAUCUCAGAAUCAGGGAAAAAAAGUCAGAAUUCUUGCUUUGAUCUCAGAAUCCUGAAACAAAAGUCAGAAUUCAGGCUUUGAUCUCAGAAUCCUGAAACAAAAUCAGAAUUCUUGCUUUGAUCUCAGAAUCCUGAAACAAAAUUAGAAUUCUUGCUUUUAUCUCAGAAUCCUGAAACAAAGUCAGAACUCAGGCUUUGAUCUCAGAAUCCUGAAAAAAAAGUCAGAAUUCUUGCUUUGAUCUCAGAAUCCUGAAACAAAAUCAGAAUUCUUGCUUUUAUCUCAGAAUCCUGAAACAAAGUCAGAAUUCUUGCUUUUAUCUCAGAAUCCUGAAACAAAGUCAGAAUUCAGGCUUUGAUCUCAGAAUUCAAACACAAAAGUCAGAGUUCCGGCUUUGAUCUCAGAAUCCUGAAAAAAAAGUCAGAAUUCUUGCUUUGAUCUCAGAAUCCUGAAAAAAAAGUCAGAAUUCAGGCUUUGAUCUCAGAAUCCUGAAACAAAGUCAGAAUUCUUGAUUUGAUCUCAGAAUCCUCAAACAAAGUCAAAAUUCUUGCUUUGAUCUCAGAAUCCUCAAACAAAGUCAGAAUUCUUGCUUUGAUCUCAGAAUCCUGAAACAAAGUCAGAAUUCUUGAUUUGAUCUCAGAAUCCUCAAACAAAGUCAGAAUUCAGGCUUUGAUCUUAGAAUCCUGAAACAAAGUCAGAAUUCUUGCUUUGAUCUCAGAAUCCUGAAACAAAAGUCAAAAUUCUUGCUUUGAUCUGAGAAUCCUGAAAAAAAAAGUCAGAAUUCUUGCUUUGAUCUCAGAAUCCUGUAAAAACCAAAGUCAGAAUUCAGGCUUUGAUCUCAGAAUCCUGAAACAAAGUCAGAAUUCAGGCUUUGAUCUCAGAAUCCUGAAAAAAAAAAUCAGAAUUCAGGCCUUGGGCUUUCAUCGCAGAACCUCAGAAAAAUCCUGUCAGAUCUCAGAAAGUUUAAUUUCAGCAGCUCUUAUCCUCUGCAGUAUCACGUUGGUCUGUUUUCCCCAAAAAACAUUUUUAUACUUUUCAAAAUAAAGCGUCCACAUAGGAAAGAAUGGUACCUGUCUGAAUUCGUACUCAGCCCAGCUUACACUCUGUGUACUAAUGACUGACUUCAUUCCAGGGUAACUCUGCUAUUCUGCUUUUACUAACAGUAUUAUUUCUACUUCCUGGUGUGUAGCCUAUGCAUCGCUGUACAUAUGAUCAGAUUUCAAAAGGCCGGACUCGACAAUCCUAGGAAAGAAUCUUUCUCAGGCCCCUGGUUGAAUACUUUGUACAUGAUGUUUUUCCAGCUAUGUGAUAGCUUUAAUUCUGAAUUAACAGUUGAGAAGUUUUUGUUAUGAUACAGAUCAGACCAGCGUUAGGCUCACUGUACAAUAUCCUUUGCUUUCCAGAAAACAAAGAGAUGUUUUUAUGUUCUUUUUAAUGAACCUUUUCUAACAGGUCAUUCAGUCUGUUGUGAAUCUGUCUCUCUUUAUUUACAGGAAUACAUCCACUCACUGUCAAAUAAGCUUUUUGUUGUGCCAUCAGAGAGCAGGUAGCCGUGUUUAGUUCUCCCUGAUACUGUGACAGACAUGUUUUAAAGUGCAACAGCGCCUUCUCUGGACAAAACGGAGAAAUACAACCAAAAAGAAAAGACCCAGAUUUGUUUUUAAAGCACUUUGAGUGUUUCACAGAGAUGAUAAAUAACCUUACACGGCCAAUAUUUGGUGUUUUUUUUAUUUUUUAAAGACUGUGUCUGAAGACGUGAUGCCAUUGGGAUGGAUAGACAGAGCCUGCUCAUAUUUAUGUUUGUACUUCAUGUUUGAAUCUGUAAAUACAGUGUGUGUCUGCCGGACACGGUAAAUGUAGGAUAUUAGAAAUGAAAAGUGAAGCUGCCUAGUGUUGUGGUUGGCGUGGUCAGCCAUGAAGGAAAUGGAUUUUUGUACAGCGUGUAAGGAAUAAAAUAUAAUGUGACAUUGUAUAGCUUCAUUCCUGCUUUGUAAAAGACUUGUAGAUCUUUUUUCUAUUGAAUUGAAGAUGCCUCAGAAAGCUGCGCCCAGUAUUUAACCUUUUCUAAUUCAAGGUAACAGAAUUUGUAAAAUAUCUUUUUGUGGUUUUAACUUAUGCUACAUGCUAAUGUAAUGUGCACUGAUUAAAAUCCCAGGUUACAAAAUUUGUAAAUCGAUUGUAAUGAAAUAUAAUUACUUUUUCCAAAUUCAGAUAUUUCUAUCUCUUGGUUUCUUUGAGUUGAAAGUUCUCCGAGCCCAAAUGUUAUAAAUGUUUAUGCAGCCAUUUUUUUUUUUUUUGUUCUUAGCAGAGCCCAGAGAACCAGCAGUUUAUAUAACAACAUGUGUAAAGGUGCUAAACAUAUAAUUGCUCCUUUUCUACAGUCACCUCUCAAUAAACAAAUCAAUCUGUUUA